AUAAGAAAAGUUUAAUUAGACUAUUUCCUUAUGCAAAGUUGCUGUCUGGGCAUGCUGGGAGUUGUGGUUCUGCAGCGGUUGGGGGUUCACAGCUUGAAGACCACUGCUAUAGAGGGUGCAAAUGUAUCUGAGCCCUGGAACUCAAAUAAUGUGAAAUAUGAGAUGAUCAAAAUGGAGCCCCUGCACUAAUUACUUGGGUUCUGAGGUCUGUAAGGUCCAUAGUAAAAACAUCAGGUUCUGUCUAUAGCAGAUACUAAAUCAUGGCAGCUCAAAGAAACAAGCAGUCAUUCUGACAUGUCACAUGUGAUGUCAUAGACAGCUGGAGGCCUGACAUUCCACUGACAGCCGCCCGAGCCUUCAGUCUGUAAUUGUUCCUGUGCGAUUAGUGAGAAUAGUGAGAUUAGCGUCUUCUUCUUCUACUUGUCUGAAAUGGAGCUAAAAGGACUGGGGUUCGUCCCCCUCCUGUUGGCGUUUUGGUGUGCGGCCUGGCUUGCCACCAGCUACAUCAUGACGGUCGUCCUCGGCCAUGCAGCCUCGCCACUGAUGAGCAUCAGUGACGUGGGAAAUUUCUUUCCCGAAAGCAUAUUAUUCAGAAUUGGAUUCAUAGGGACGUCCAUUGGCACUUUGGUACUAACCUUUCUUAUUUAUAAGUAUAUGGUUAUGCAUACUGAAGAGUUCAGGGGUCAUCAGGUCCUGAUCCAGAGGAUCCUGCUGGCCAUUGUGUGGGCCUCCUGUUUUGCCACAGCUGUUAUGCAUGUAUUGUCCCCCGAAGAAUACCCCAGGAUACACUUUGUCAGCACGAUAAUUUCCAUUACAUGUGAAGCCUUAUACUACCUUGGGCAGUCCAUCCAGAUGUAUAGAUUACAAGGAGCAAAAAAAGUCAUCCACCAUAGUAGAUGCACCUGCUGUGGCCUGACUUUUGUCUGUGUAGUUUUCUAUUUUGGAUAUGAAACAUUAAAGGAAUUAUUCCAUAAUGAUGAAGACUGGGACGAGAUCCGUGAAAUCCCCAUCAUAAUCAUCGAGUGGGUGAUGCUUCUACUGAUCCUGAUAAACAUCGUGACCUAUUAUUCCACCAUGCAGAGGUUAUUGUUGACCGUCUCCAGAAACAGCUGCACACUCUCUCUUAGAGUAAAAAUUGAUGACUUUGGGGUGUAGACCACCACGGGGGCCAUCAAGUGGACUUCUGGGAGAGAUACUGCACAGGACACGGAAAACAUCUAAAGAAGAAUAACUGGGGGACUACAUAUGGUGCCAGUAAUCAUGACACAAUAAUAUGAGCUGGUGAUAUUACCUAUACAAAAAAAAAUAAAA